CCAGAGACCAAAGCCUUUUCGCAUCUUUUAGCUAAUUAUUGGCUUCUAACAACAAACAGCCAUAGGUUGUUUUUAAAUAACUUGGCGUGAGUCCAAUGAGUGGCAGAGAGCGCAGCGAUGGGAGCAGCAAGCGGAGAGUGGCGUACAUCUACAGCCCGGAGUACAUCGAGACUUGCGACACUUUAUCCAAAGUCCCAAACCGGGCGAGUAUGGUCCACUCCCUGAUAGAAGCUUACGGGCUGCUUCAGCACAUGAGCGUUGUGAAACCUCGAGCGGCCACCAUGGAGGAGAUGGCCAUGUUCCACACCGACUCCUACCUGCAGCACCUGCACAAGAUCAGCCAGGACGGAGACAACGACGACCCUCAGUCAGCCGACUUCGGCCUGGGCUACGAUUGUCCCGUGGUGGAGGGCAUAUUUGACUACGCAGCAGCUGUAGGGGGCGCUACUCUGACAGCAGCCGAGUGUCUGCUGGACCAGAAAUGUGAAGUGGCCAUUAACUGGGCGGGAGGCUGGCACCAUGCUAAAAAGGAUGAGGCUUCGGGGUUCUGCUACAUAAACGACGCCGUGCUGGGAAUCCUCAAGCUGAGGGAGAAAUACGAGCGAGUGCUCUACGUGGAUGUGGACCUGCAUCACGGAGACGGUGUGGAAGAGGCCUUCAGCUUCACGUCCAAGGUCAUGACGGUUUCUCUGCACAAGUUUUCUCCUGGCUUCUUUCCCGGUACUGGUGACCUCCGUGACACCGGGUUAGGCAAAGGCCGCUGGUACGCUGUGAACGUCCCGCUGGAGGACGGCAUCCAGGACGACAGAUACUUCCAGGUCUUUACCAGCGUGAUGCAGGAGGUGCGCUCGCAGUUCAACCCGGAGGCCGUGCUGAUGCAGCUGGGCGCCGACACCAUGGCGGGCGACCCCAUGUGCUCCUUCAACAUGACCCCGGUGGGGGUGGCCCAGUGUCUGCAGCACGUCCUGCAGUGGCAGCUACCUGCGCUGCUGCUGGGAGGAGGAGGGUACAACAUGGCGAACACGGCCCGCUGUUGGACGUUCCUGACAGCGUCGGUCCUGGGAAAGACGCUGUCCUCCGAGAUACCCGACCACGAGUUUUUCACCGAGUAUGGACCAGACUACUCGCUGGAGAUCAGUCCGAGCUGUAGACCCGACCGCAACGACAGCAAGCACCUGGAGCGGGUCAUCAGCACCAUCAAAGGGAAUUUAAAGAAUGUGGUUUAGGACCUGGCAGGCUCAGCCUCCUCCACACACACAUACACACACACACACCAUCUUUCCGAACCAGGUCUACGCUCGGCAGCUCUAAUGAAGACAAUAUGGAGUGGACUCAGCCCCGAGGCACGGAUUGAGUGAACAAGGCAGCAGAGAAGAGAACAAGACAGUUUUGGAAAACAUUAGUUGAGUGUUUCCAGGGGAGAACAGUUUUAAUAAGGGAUGGGGGUUUAUGUGGUCUCUAUACAAUGUUCACUGUUUUUAAUUCCUUGUGUUUGAAAAAAAAACGUAUGUGGGUUUGUGCGAAUGAGAGUUUACGGUAUGUCCUUUGUAGUUCAGUAAAGCUGGAUGACAGCGCCGCAACCCCCCCGAGCGCUCGGCAUCAAGGGAGGCAUCAGUCGGACAUUAAGUGGAAAAGCAGAUUUUUUUCAGGGCUCCGGUUUCAUGGCCCUGCCCCGGUCCCGCCGCGCCAUUUCAGCCUCUUGUGGACAGAUGAGCGCUAAAACAGACAAAACAUUCAAGGUCCUCCAAGGCCCUGUUAAACUCUUGUUUCUAAACGGGUCUGGGUCCGGUUAAAAAGUCUCUGGGAUGUCUCGAGAAGCUCGUAGUCUACAAAUUGGUAGUCUAGAAAAGUUCGGGGAAAAAGGGGCCGUUACACUUGCUUCCAGCUGUUGGCAGACGCCAGAAACAUUUGGACCUCUGGGAUUUUAAAUGAAGAAGAUGAAGUGAAAGAUAAAGACUAAAGUCUCAGGAUCGACAGCUAGCCAAGAUUACCUUGUCUUUGAGAGCAACCUCUCAACCUUGGUGACAGAUCUGGUUGAAGUCGGUCCAGGAGCCUUGCUCCUUGGAAGGAUUGGAAAGACUAGAACUGUAAAUAUUUACCAACAGAGACAAGCAUGAGCGUAUAGGCGGUGUAACAUUUCACAUUCACUGUGCCCAGAGUCUGACAUACCAGAACUGUGGAACUACAUGUUCGCUGAGAGUUUGAAGUGGAGCUUUGAGCCAGCUGAUUGGAAGUGUUCCCUAGCUUUAGUUGCGAUGUGUCGGGUCUUCUGCGGAUUCUUUUAUCGGGGCAUUAGCAGCGCCCAGUAUUGUCAGUCUGGGUCGUUUUCCCUCCGCCACUGGUCAACGUCGUCAGGGAGAACCAUUAAUACAGGAGAGGCUUUUUCCGCGUCCGUGCAACCCCUGAUGGUUGUAAGAGGCAAAGAUCCACAGCCCGCUCUGUCAGGACAUGGUCAAAGCAUAUCUGUGGGUGUUUUAGGGUGUCCAGAGAUGCCCGCGAAAGCCCAUCAGAUUGGUGGAGGAGACUCUUUGACGCGUUCUUUAAGCAUUCCUUAAACAUAUGUUGUUCGGGUAUUGGUCAUUAUAGACCAAACCUCUUUUUGGCCAUUUCGCUUUCUCAUAACCAAAGAUCACUCGGCACAAAAAAAAACAGCUACGUCUUGGAGGGGGUGAAUGUCCCUGCAACUAAUAUCUGGUUAUGUAAUUGAAAUCCUCCACAUUUCUCAACUUCUCCUCAUUCAGCACUCUGUCUUUUUAGAGUCUGAGGCCCUUGGGCAAAGAUAGGAAGUUUUUUUGUAACUUUUUUUUUUAGAUAUAGUUGACAAACUAAACUCAACAUGUCUGGGAAGCAGCCGAUUGAAGGCUUGCGACCCGAGCAGAUAGCCAGAGUAAUAGACCGGCUGUUAUCAGUUUUUAAUGCUCCCAGUGAUGAUGUAUAAAGAGCAGACGUGGCAGAUCUUCUGCGCAUGAAGCCCUUGACAAACUACUACUAGACUCUCCUCUUUUUAAGAGCUGAGGCCGUGGCAACAAUAUUUUUUGAAAAUGGGGGUGUUUACGCCUCCGCAACACUUGCAGAGUUUACACUUUAUUAAGUAGGACAUUCUUAGCCAUGCCGUCAUACUGUCACUGUCAAUAGUUUCACCAUCUGCUCGUGCGGCAAACAUAUUAAGGCGUUUUUCAUUGGGAGCCCGAGAGACAGUGACCAUGAUGUAUUUAUUUUCCAAAGUGGAGGAAAAAGUGUCCUUUUAAAAAGUGUUUUCAGAGAAGAGCAGCUGGAAGCUAAUAGGAGCGUUGAUGCCAAUGCUCCCUUCCCCUUUAUAGCAGGACUGAUGCUUCUGUAGCACCUCUGACAGGAUUCUGCGUUUUUUAAGAUUUGUUGUCAAUUGUUUUGCUUUAUUGUGCAAAUAAAUAAAGUACUGACUUUACGAACAGACCAAUGCAUUUAGUUGGAUGGAGGCCACGAGUUAAAAGGCGUUGCUCUGUUGAUAGACUUGGGUUCGUAGUAUUUUAAGUGCUGCUGGAGUCUUCACCUCACCAGGGUUUUUAAAUUCAAACUGUGUGUUCUGAGUUUCAAAGCUUGCGCCUCUCAUCUUGUCUUGCUGGACGUUUGGGGGUUAAUUGAGGUACUGAGUUACAGAGCCUUUCUUGUCCAACCUGCUGAGGGGUCACAAUGUUAUGGUUGAUUGAUGUCUUGAAAUAGACAUUUGAAUGGAUUCUUAAAAUACUAAAAUGUUUUUUUUUUUAUUAUUAUUAUUAUUGUUGUUAUUUCCAUGUUUGAAUUUCAAAAGACAAUUUAAGAGAAUAAAGUUUUGCACCACCGUG